GUGGACCAGCAGAACUCAGAGGUUCCCAGAGUUCAGUCUGACCAGCAGCUUCACCUGGACUCCAUAUUCAUGCUGCUGGAGGACAACAUGGUGACUUUUGUGAAGAAGGAGCUGAAGAAGAUGCAGAAGGUUGUGAGUCCAGAUUACCCAGAAUGCUCAGAGAGUCAGAGGGAGGAUGAGGAGGAGUUGGAGAGUGAUGAUGAAGAUCAGAGGAGCAGCAGAGAGAUGUUUCAGCAGAUCACAGUGUUGUUCCUGAGGAGGAUGAAGCAGGAGAAGCUGGCUGACAAACUUGCUGCUCCAGUUUGUAGACGUAAACUUAAAUGUGGCCUGAAGAAGAAGUUCCAGAGAGUGUUUGAGGGCAUCGCUAAAGCAGGACAGUCGACCCUCCUGAAUGAGAUCUACACAGAGCUGUACAUCACAGAGGGAGGGACUGCAGAGGUCAAUGAUGAACAUGAGGUCAGACAGAUUGAAGCAGCAUCCAGGAAAGCAGACAGAGCAGAAAGAAGCAUCAGACCAGAAGACAUCUUUGAAGGCUCACAUGGAAGAGAUGGACCAAUCAGAACAGUGAUGACACAGGGAGUGGCUGGCAUCGGGAAAACAGUGUUAACACAGAAGCUGACUCUAGACUGGGCUGAAGACAAAAGCAACCAGGACAUCCACUUCAUGUUUCCAUUGACUUUCAGAGAGCUGAAUGUGGUGAAAGAGAGAAAGUUCAGCUUGGUGGAACUUGUUCAUCACUUCUUCAGUGAAACCAAAGCAGCAGGAAUCUACAGGUUUGAAGACUUCCAGGUUGUGCUGAUCUUUGACGGUCUGGAUGAGUGUCGCCUUCCUCUGGACUUCCACAACAAUGAGGUCCUGACUGAUGUUACAGAGUCCACCUCAGUGGAUGUGCUGCUGACAAACCUGAUCAGGGGGAAUCUGCUUCCCUCUGCUCGCCUCUGGAUAACCACACGACCUGCAGCAGCCAAUCAGAUCCCUCCUGACUGUGUGGACAUGGUGACAGAUGUCAGAGGGUUCACUGACCCACAGAAGGAGGAGUACUUCAGGAAGAGAUUCAGAGAUGAGGAGCAGGCCAGCAGCAUCAUCUCCCACAUGAAGACAUCACGAAGCCUCCACAUCAUGUGCCACAUCCCAGUGUUCUGCUGGAUCACUGCUACAGUUCUGGAGGAGCUGCUGAGAACCAGAGAGGGAGGAGAUCUGCCCAGAACCCUGACUGAGAUGUACAUCCACCACCUGGUGGUUCAGACCAAAGUCAAGAAGGUCAAGUAUGAUGGAGGAGCUGAGACAGAUCCACACUGGAGUCCAGACAGCAAGGGGAUGAUUGAGUUGCUGGGAAAACUGGCUUUUGAACAGCUGCAGAAAGGAAACCUGAUCUUCUAUGAGUCCGACCUGACAGAGUGUGGCAUCAAUAUGGAAGCAGCCUCAGUGUACUCAGGAGUGUUCACACAGAUCUUUAAAGAGGAGAGAGGACUGUACCAGGACAAGGUGUUCUGCUUCGUCCAUCUGAGUGUUCAGGAGUUUCUGGCUGCAGUCUACAUGUUCCACUGUUACACCAACAGGAAGGAGAAGGUUCUGGAGGACUUCCUGGGAAAAGACUGGAAAAACAAGAACAGAGACACUCUGGAUGUGUUCCUGAAGAGAGUCAUGGAGAAAUCCCUCAGAAGUAAAAAUGGUCACCUGGACCUGUUUGUUCGCUUCCUUCAUGGCCUCUGUCUGGAGUCCAACCAGAGACUCUUAGGAGGUCUGCUGGGUCAGACAGAGAACCGUUCCAUGAUCCAAAGACUCUUAGGAGGUCUGCAGAGUCGGACAAAGAACCAUCCAGAAAUGAUCCAGAGAGUCAUCAAGAACCUGAAGAAGAUGAACAGUGACGAAAUGUCUCCAGACAGAAGCAUCAACAUCUUCCACUGUCUGAUGGAGAUGAAGGAUCUCUCAGUACAUCAUGAGAUCCAAGAGUUCCUUCAGUCAAAGAACAGAUCAGAGAAGGAACUCUCUGAGAUCCACUGCUCAGCUCUGGCCUACAUGCUGCAGAUGUCAGAGGAGGUUCUGAAUGAGUUGGACCUGAACAAGUACAGAACAUCAAAGGAGGGAAAACGGAGACUGAUUCCAGCUGUGAGGAACUGCAGAAAGGCUGGACUUUCUGACUGUGAACUCUCAGAGAGUCACUGUGAAGUCGUGGCCUCAGCUCUGAAGUCCAACCCCUCCCAUCUGAUAGAACUGGACCUGAGCUUGAGCAAGCUGCAGGAUUCAGGAGUGAAGCAUCUUUGUGAUGGACUGCAGAGUCCAAACUGUAAACUGGAGACUAUCAGAUUGAGGGACUGCAGUUUGUCAGAGAUCAGCUGUGAUUCUCUGGUCUCAGCUCUGAAGUCCAACCCCUCCCAUCUGGAACAUCUGGACCUGAGCUGGAACAACCUGCAGGAUUCAUCAGUGAAACAUCUGAGUGGUUUUCUGGAGAGUCCAGACUGCAUCCUGAAGACUCUGGGAUUGAGGAGCUGCAGUUUGUCAGAGAUCAGCUGUGAUUCUCUGGUCUCAGCUCUGAAGUCCAACCCCUCCCAUCUGAUAUUUCUGGACCUGAGUGAGAACAACCUGCAGGAUUCAUCAGUCAAACAUCUGUUAGAUCUUGUGGAGAGUCCAGACUGCAGCCUGAAGGCUCUGAGAUGGAAGUGAUGCUGAUCAGGACGGUGUUUGUGCUGAGAGGAUGAAGUGUGUCCUGAUGAUCCAGAUGUUGAAGCAGCAGCAGCUGGUGUGUAGAGACUCUGACUGGACCAUGUUACUGCACUGUAAAACAUCAGGAAUUCAUUCAGUCACAUCAACUCAUCUGUUCUAGUUUACUUUAGAGAAAUACAGCAGUUUUACUAAUUACUAAUUAUUUGAACUUAAAAUGUCUCAUUUUUCUUUUCAGACCACUUUAGAACUUAAAAACAUGAAUUUGUAGAACUUGAGGCAUUUUUUCUUCAAAUAUUGAGUUGAAUGAAUGAACAGCUCAGAGUUCACUCAACUCAUGAAAUUAAGUUCACAAGAAACAAAACAAACACAGAUUUCCCCGUUAAUGUUCACAUGAUACCAUGACUGUAAAAAAUGAUCAUUAUUUUACAACCAGUUCUGUUUGUUUUGUAAAUUACAAACAAUAUCUAGUAAAAUCCCAGAAAAGUAUUAACUUCCAUGUUCAACUGUAAAUAAU